GUGAGAAGAACUCUCUUCCUCUCUAUGGGGUCAUCGCCUUCUGAACCAAGCUCUGAGUCUAGUGAGAACUCACCAAGGUCAGGCUCAUAUGGCUCUCUAGCGGUGGAAGAAGGGCGAAAGAGUCUCUCCGGUGCAAUGAACUACACGAACUAG